AUGUCUGCGGCGCCGAUGGACGGGCUCUCCCUGUCCGACGAGGCUAGCCUGUCACACCUGCGGCAGCGCCUGCAGCGGGACCUGAACUGCCUCUCCGACCCUGACCGGUCGACUCGGAAGCGUGCCCUGACCAAGCUCCAGAAGGCGCUUUUCCGCGAGGCGAAGGUGCCGGAGGCGGUGCUGCGGGGGUUUCUCUCCAGAUACCUCUCCGAGCGACUGGUGGGGAUGAUGGCCGAUCCCGUCGAGAAGUGCAGAGAGAUGGCGGGAGGGCUGUUGGCGGAGUUUGUGGAUUCCGUGGGCGGCGGCGAUGCACUGCCGGACACGACGGCUUUGGCUAAGCAGGUGUUCUCCAUGGCUGAAGUGCGGAUAGGGAGCGUCCCACUGGUCGAGCCCGCGGAGGAAGUGAGGGCUCUCUUGCUCAGACUGUGCGGCGCGGUCCUGAGAGGGAAGAGCGCCGAAAUAUUCGGUUGUGAGAUUGCCGGGGAGGCGUGUCGGGUGCUCUCGGCGGCUCUGACGGACCCGUUUCCCGAGGCGAAGCGGGAGUGCUGCUCUCUGUUGUUGCGGCUGGCCGAUGUGUGCCCGGAAGGGCUCCGGUCUCGCCUAGGCAAGGUUCUGCGCCCGCUGAUCUUGAACCUAGGGCAUCAGCAUUCCAAGACAAGACAGAUGACUCUUCAGGCCCUGGGAGCGCUGCUGCUGUGUGGCUCCGACGACCUGGACAAGCCCCUGAGGGAGCUUAUCCUACCGCAGCUGAGGAAUCUGCUGUACGACCGUACGGUUGCGGUGCGACGCGAGCUCGUGGCCGUCCUCGCCAGCCUCGUGGCGGCCGGCUUCCCUCCACCUCACGGCGGCGGCGGCGGCGGUAGCGGCAGCGACACCGGCGGCGGCCAUCUCGCCGACUCCGCCGUCGCGCCGAUGGACACAACGGACGAUGGAGACAAUAGCGGCGGCAACAACAGCAACACCACCACAACCACCGGCGGCGGCGGUAUCUCUGAUGCGGCGGAGGCGGGGGCGGAGGAGGAGCGACGGCGGGCGUGUGCGAGGACGAAGCAGAAGAAGAAGUACCUCGAGCCCCACCGGGCCGAGCUGCUGUCGCUGCUGAUGAAGCUGCUGGCGGACGAGUCGGAGCCGGUCCGGGGGGGGGCGGGCAGGGCUCUCGAGGGGCUCGGGGAGGCUUGGGCCCGAUCAUCCGACAAUCCGUCGGCAGCAACAACAGAGCAACAACAACAACAAAACUGCUCUCCGCCGGUGCCUCCUCUCCCAACCGGCCCCAUCACUCCCGCACGAAAAACGCCUCCAGCAAGACCGGCGGCGGCGGCGGCGGUGCGAGCCCUCUGCGUGCCCCUGCUCCCGUCCAUGAUGCCGGCGGCCAUCGAAGAAGCCAGCCACUGGACUGUCAGGGGACGCCGCCGCGCCUUGCAGUUGCUGUGCUUCCUCUUGCAGGACGACGAGGUGGAGGUUAGGCAGGCGGUGGACGAGUGCGCCGCGGCGAUCGGCGAAGCAGCGAUCGAUCUCGGAGCGGUCACAGACAUCCUGCUGCCGGUCUUGAGGGGCGAGCUCCUGCGCGCGCUCCUGUGGCUGCUAGCGGGGAGCGAAGCGGGAGCGGGAGACGGCGGUGGAGGAGACCCCGGCGCCGCCAAGGAAGAAGUGCUGGAGAUCGCGUCCCAGCUAGCCGCGCACCAAGGCUCAUCGUCUCCCUCCUCCUCUUCCCGCCGAGAAGAAGGCGCGCAAGGCCUCUUCGCCAGGCACUUCACCGACCUGCUGGCCUGCGUCGUGGGAGAUGCCGCCGCCGUCGGAGAAACCGCGGGGGCUGCUGCUGGGGCUGGGGGGGGGGAGGGUGAUGCGGGGUGGGGCAAGGGGUCGCGGCGGAGGGGGGGGUUCGAGGCUCUCCUGCGGUCGGCGCCCAGGGCGGUGGGCGAGCACCUCGGGGAGGUGAUGCCCAUAUUCCGAGGGCUCCUGCACGACGCGACAAGGGAGCCUGAGGUGCGACUGAGCAUGCUGGCACUGCUGGAGUGCGUGGUGAAGCACGACGGCGUCACGGAGGAGUCGCUCAGGCCCCACGCCGAGACGCUGCUCAAGGAGAUGGUGCUCCCGAACGCCGUUUGGCGGGCGGGAUUGGUCGCGGCCCCCGUCAGAAAGGUGGCCAUUGCGGUGCUGUACACGGCCCUUCGAGGAAACAAGAUCGGGGUGGAGGCGGUGUACGCCAGCGCUGAACAGGUGUUACCGGUCCUCAAGACCAACCUAGAAGACCAUGAGGCGACAACCAGGCAGAUUACGUGUCUGUCGCUCGAGAUGAUGUUUCGGAUGAUUCCGGGGGCUCUGGGGGACGAGCCCGUCCGGCUAAUCUACCCGGAGCUGCUGAAGCGUCUGGACGACAGCAACGACACGGUCAGGAUGGCGGUGUGCGGCACCAUAGCGGCGUUCUUGAGGGCAACCGCUCCUCAGAACGUUCGGGGAACGGUUCUCCAGUACAUGGCGGAGCAGCUUCUGGUGCACCUAGACGACCAGGACGAGGCCAUGCAGAGAGCCGUCUUUGCGGUGAUGGAGGUGGCGGCCGCAAUCGACCCCAAGACCGUCGAGAAGCUCGCCUCCGAGGCCCGGUCUUCCCACCGGACCCCAAGCUACUGCGAUCGCCUCGUCGCCCUCUGCUCUUCCUCCUCUUCGGCCAGUCGAAGCUAGACAGAAACAACACCACGGUAGACACACACGUGCGUGCAUGGAUGUAAAAAUACAGCAGUGAGUGGCGUUCUGUUGGGGUGCGCCCACCGCUCUAUAAAUUAUAGGGAAGCCGGUAAAAUUACGCCGACUUUGUGUCUCUCUUGCGGCGGAUUUCCCGGGGGGGAGGGGGGGGGGGUCGGGUUGGGACCGUCAAGCCUAGUUCGAUCUCGCAGCUCCAAAGGGCCCCGAAUAACUGGUGAGAUGUUAUGGUCGCUCGUAGACCUCCUCUUAUCUCACGGGGGAGGCACAAAAAUCUCAAGAGGUGGUGUUAUACUACAGGUGGUGUUAUACUACAGGAACUUGAAAGCGAUAGAGAAGGAGAAAAGGUGCCCACAGUUUUCUGAUUGGCCAUUUUUUU